UAGCGUUUUCGUGGAACCACGGGCGCCGCGGAGCGUUUUAUUUUGUCGCGGUUGUCGUGUCGUGCGGUUCUGUUGCUGCGGAGCGCAGCUAGGCCACGCGCAGUUUCGUUCGUUCGUUUCGUUCCGUGCCAGUGUUCCGUUCCGGACCAAUCCGAUACAUCUCCGAUCCUGCUCACGGGUGUUUAAAGCACUUUGAUUUCUACUAAAAAAAACAACGGCAUCCGUUUCCUUCAACUCUCUCUCUCUCUCUCAUCACACUACGAAGCCGGAGAGUGAAUCAUAAUCGCGGCGAAUCAAUAAUAAAUAGAACAUAUUCCAACGGGAGAGCAACCCAUUCAUCGUAUGACGGACGGUUAUAGUGGUGCGGAUUGCUGCAGCUACGGGCAUCCAUUCGUCGUACGACCAUUUUGCGUCUUGGCCAUUGCGUGUGUUAUUCUGUGCAUAAUCUAACCCCCCACAUCCCCUCUUAACCGUGUGUAGCAGUAGCGUGUGUACAGUGUGGUGUGUGCCGGUUUGUGUGUUUGCGAUCAGAAAUCAAACACAGCUGCAUCAGCCAGAUCGAGUUCGAGUUUGAGUAAACCAGCGCGCACACUCAGCGACGGAAGUUGGCCGACGGUUUUUGUUGUACCAGAAGUUGGCAGACGAGCGUGUGAAGAUUUUGAAGUGUUCCCCUGCUCGGCGCACGCAAGUUUGUGCAAAAAGUGUUGGAAAGUUUCAGCGAACCCCGGCGAGAGAUCCCGUCAAGAAGUAACGUCGACCGAAAGACCGAAACGAAAACUUCAGGAAAUUCGAUCGCCCAAGUAUUUGCACAAGCGAAAGGAGCGGAGUGUAGGGAGUGCGAUGUAAAUCGGAACUCGGAAGCAAACAAACAAACAAACAAAAAACAACACGCGGUCUUCACGAGAUCAGGUCGGAAGCAACAGAAAAACAGGCAGAGUUCCAUCUCAAGACCUCAAAACCGAGAGGUGAACGUCGAAAAGUGGAGCAAAAACCCGGGAAGCUCAAAAGGGAAGGAGUGCAGUAGCUCCAGUGCGACUUGAAGCAGAGGAAAAUGAGAAAACAAAUUUUGCACCUUCACUAAAGCGUGCCUUGAGUGUUGCGGAAAAAAAGCAGUUACAGCAAGCGAGCGAGGGAAAAAGGAAAGGAAAAGUGAGGGUGCAAGGGUGCAAAAGUGUCAAUCCCCCGGAAACCCCGCGGGCCGGAAGGUGAGUUGACGACGAAAGGAAAAGAAAAAAAGGAGAAGAGAAGAAGAGAAGAAGUGAAAAGUCAGAUCGCGGAAGAUCAAUUGAUAUUCCUGCCCCCCUCUCUCUCUCUCUCUCUCUCUGUCUCUUCUCGACUUGCAGUGUGCGGCGAAGUUGUGCAAAGAGAAUAGUCGUUGGUGUUACUCCACUUCGGUGUCAGCAGCCGCGUGCUAGUAGUUUGGGUGGGGGUUGACAUCAAUUGUUCCGGAAGCAGAAGAAAGAAAAAAGAAGGAAAGUUAUUGGCGAUAGAGGGUGCAAGAAUCCGAAGGGAAGGUGAAUAGUGUGAACGUGCUCGCGUUGCUGUCCUUUGUCACUUUGCGUACAGCAAACCAUCGUGCAAAAUGGCAUCGAGAAGUGACGUUCGAAAGUUGGGCACGUUCUGGCCGUUCUGGUGGCUGGUGCCAGUGGUGCUGGUGUUGCUGCUCCUGCCGACCAGCUGCAUCGCCCGAGAGGAACCCAUAACAGAUGUGGACCAUCUCUGCCAGCACGUCCAGUGUUCGCUCGAUUGUCCGGACGACAGCUACCUUCAAUCGAAGGAAGAAUAUUUGGCCACCGAAAGCGACGGUACGGACGGGCUGCGCCACCGUCGCGCUAUCGCCAUGAACAACCAUCCCCAGGAAUCGAUCAAGAUCGUCCCAAGUGCGACCGUGUUUUUCCCGCACAACCAACUACAACCGGCCCGGACGCAGCGCCACUUCUGGAAACGCUCUCUUCCCGCUGGCUCGAUCGGCGAUCUGCACGAGAUGUGCUGCCCGAAGUGCAUGUGCCGACCGUGCCCCGUUCCAAGAUGUCCCCCCAAUUUCACCCCCGCGUUCAGUUCGGCUGAGACCGCUCUUCGACAGCCCGGUAACUGCUGCCCGGAUGUUUACUGUAAGGAGUUGCCGCAACCCUUGAAACGGUGCUACUCCAAGAACUUCCCGGGACGAUCGUACGGCGAGGGUGAGGAAUGGAACGAGGAUCCUUGCACGCAGUGCAAGUGCGAGGAUGGUGAGUCCCGGUGCCAGGUGUCGGCAUGCCGGCCACUCAGUUGCCCCCGGAAACGUAGACUCCCCGACCGGUGCUGCCCGGUGUGUGACGAGGAAGGAUCGAUCUUCUGCCAGGGACACGUCAACUGUCCGGUCAGCUGUCGCCAUGGUUACCAGCGGGAGGGCAGCUGCUACCUGUGCCAGUGUGCGCUUCCGGCGGUCAAUGGUACGAUCGUACCACCACCGUCGCCACCAACUGUCACCUCAACCGAGGCGGUGCCAGCCCACCACCCGGCCACGGCGGACAAGAAGGACCCAGCCAACCGUGACCGCGACAAGGUGGAGGAAAAGGAGGAACUGGACAUCGGUGGUAGCUUUGCACCUCCGCCAACACCGGUGGAACCGUCGAGCCGCACGCCGACCUAUCUGUACAUCUUUCUGCUCGCUCUCUGCGUCUGUAUUGCGCUGAUUGCGGUUGCCUGGUAUUGCAUCAAGAACCGGCGCAGUUGCCGUGGCAAGUACAGCACGGUGCCGGUGUCGACGAGCACCAUCACACCGACCACCACGAUUGCGGCGACCACGACGCCGACACUGAUUGCACCGGUCAAGGUGAACUCGGCCGCCUAAUUGUGGGAAAGCGACCAUUUUCCUUCAUUUUCCGUGGAUCAUUUCACGGUCAUCCUAUUCUCCUAAACCUCCCCUCGUAUUCUAUUCUCUACACUCUCCUUACCCCAGAAUUUCCCAUAUUUUACCAACGAACCGUUCGAUCCGACCGAUUGCUCGAUUGUUUCACCGAUCUGUCUUCACAGAUACAGGACUCCGAAUCGGGCAAAUUCGAAACACAAUCAAAACAAUAGCCUCUAACCCCUUUAUUCAAUCCCUACGAAUGCUUCCAAGCAUCUUUAUUGAUUCCCUAUUACCACACUCCCUCUCUCCUCACUCAUUUCCCCCUUUAUUCAAGCGAAAUCGUAUCCUUCGUAAAUCGAAUUCGUGUUGAGCUCGCCGCCAUUAUGAUGAUUCAUUCGAUCCUCACCGCUCUUUAAUCAAUUGAUUGAACAAAACAAAAGAAUUGUGAUAAAGUAAAAAGGUAUGCAGAAGAAGAAAACUAGUAAGACGUGGAAGCGGGCGGCCAGAGAAAAAAAAAAGGCAAACGAGAGUUGCAAAACGUCGAGAGUAAUGAACCGAACGCGAAAUGGAUAGGCGAAAUGGCCGGCCACGAUCCGGCAGCAAACGGUAUUCCUAUAUUGAUUAAUAAUGCAUUACCUUUAUAUUUAUUUAACGACAAACUAUGGAUUAAGAGAAAGGGGAGGGGGAAAAGGGGGAGGAUGCGCCUUCCUCUGGCGCGUUUCGGUCGUCAGUUGGCCGAAUGAUCGCAAUCCUUGCCACGACGACGACGACGACGAGAGGCGCUACAUUAUGUUUUCCGUUUUUUUCCCAACAAAAAAAAAACGAUGGAACCCCCGCCGCCCCCAAUAAAGGAUCAGGCCCAAGAAACCUGUCAUAUGUGAUGUGAAAGUUUGAGCGUGCAUCGUUUUAGUGCGAAUUAUUUUGGGAGAGAAUUCACGAACGAACGAAUUGACAAAAACCAUGCUAGCGCGCUAGGUAUUAUUUGAAUGGUAAGACAACAAAAUGACGAUAAUUUAUGAUUAUGUUUGGUUCGCUCUUUCGUUCCUGACUAUAUAGAGAGCAUACAGCUAGCUAGCUAGUUAGUCCCGCCCACCAUGUUGCUGCUCACCUCUUUCCUGUUGCAGCGCAGUGUUGCUGGUGACUUGGUGGAAAGAGAGUCGCGCAGGCAGAGGAGGGAAAUUAAGAAAGAAAAAAAAACAAAUUAAAAAAAGUUUGUAGAAAACUGAUUAAAGUUGAGGAGGCGCUUCCGUUGGAUGGAAGUCGCGCUAGAAGAGAUGUUUGGGGAAAAUCUUUCUUUUUGCGUAAUGUGAAAGCACUGCGCAGUCGAUCGCAGUGUACCGGAUGGAGAUAAAGUAGCAAAAAAGGGCAACGGGACCGGUUAAAUGAAAUAGCAAAAAUUCUCAUAAUGCUUCCAGAAAAUAUGCAAAACAAAUAAAACGGUGGGCGACAGAGGGCCGUAGACAGAAAACCAGAUAGAUAACUAACACACACCCCGAAAAAAACCGCCAGGAAUUUGUAAAACACAGAAACCGAGAAACGGGAACACAUUGUAUAAAGCUGAACAUAAAUAAAUCUAUGCGAUUGUG